CAUACUUGCACUUUUUCUCUAUCAUCAACUUUUUCCUUCUCUUUCUCUCUCUCUCUCUAUCUCUCUAUCUCCAUCAUUCCAUCGCUUCCCUACUUUCUUGGUCUCUUUUAGCCUCUAUCACAGAUUACUUUCUUCCUCCCGUUCUUUCUUUUUUUCACACACAAAAGUAUAAUAAUGAGUCCCAACAACGCCGUAGAUCCUGUUUAUGUGGUCGAUGAUUCUAUUCAGGAGGAGAAGCUGAAGAAGCGUGGCUUCAACCCUGUCAAGAAUAUCACCCAUGGUGUCGCUGGUGGCAUCUCACACGUCGAAAAGGGUGUCAGCCACGUGGGCAAACGAUUAAACAAAGUUCCUGGUGUGAAGCAUGGUGUGUCAUUCUUUAAUGACUACCGGAACUUCCUGGAUCGUGGCAACGUCAUUGACCUGGCUGUAGCCGUUGUCAUCGGUGCUGCCUUCACUGCUAUUGUCACCAGUUUGGUCAACGACAUCAUUACCCCUCUCCUUGCCAUGACCUCUGGCAAGAACUUGGAGGAGAAUUUCCUCAUCUUGCGUCGCAACGAGGACUCCACUGAGAGCGACUGGGCAACUAGAGAUCAGGCAAAAGCUGCUGGGAAUAUCACAUGGAACUGGGGUAACUUCAUCCAGACUGUCCUCAACUUCUUUAUCAUCUCUGCCUGCGUCUUCAUUCUUGUGAAAGUCUACCAAAUGGCCCGUAAUUCAACGACGGAGGAGACUGAAAAGGAAUGCGAUUACUGUUUAAAGAAGAUCCCAAUGGACGCAGUCCGUUGCUCCCUUUGCACGACCUGGUUAGAUUGGGAUGCUUGUGCCAAAGUGAAGCAGAUGGAAAGUGCAGCCACCGGUGCUUGCACCCCUUAUGCUGCAACAGCAAGUAUCAGCAGCAGCAAAGCACCCACGGUCGAUCCAUCCGCAAACAACAACGGUACUUUUCCUAAUCAAUUCCAUCCAGCGCAGACAAGCCUGGGUCGUUUUUAAAUAUAAG